GCGCGGCCGUGGCCGCGUCGGGAACGUUGGAGGCGGAUCGGCGGGACGGGCCAAAUAUGGUGCGAAUCGUGUCGAAGAGCCGCUUGUAUUUGUGCGGCGCUCGUCCUGUGAACGAGCUGGGGGCGCUCGACUUGGCGUUCUUAUCGCUCUACGAGUUUUUGCGGUGCCGGCGCGUGGACCUUGCAGUCUGUUUUCGCAGCGAACUAGAGUGGUCGGCGGCUGCCAGUGAGCAGUGCCAGGCGGAGUUGACGCAUUCGGGCUUGCAGAAGGUGCGCAACGCAG